CUUGCGUCUCCAGAAACAUGAUCCUGCUGGUGAUUCAGGUCUACCGCUAUUACACGUUUUAUUAAGAAAUUGAUGCAACUCAGCGGGCAGGUAAAUCCACACCGUGGCCUCAGGGCUGUAAUUUGUCUUUUCGCACAUUUCUAAACAAACUUGGAUACAUGAGGGUUUUACUGUACCAGAGCAGUGAUCCAGCAGGCGAGAGGCAGAAGUUGCUCGGAGCUGUCUGAGGACCCAGACCUCGGCGGGUUAGGAGAGCAGGCAGUAGACGGACAGACCAGACUGACAGACAUCUGCAGCGGCCCAGCGGGCGGCGGUGGCAUGGCGUCCAUACCGGAAUACUACGCCGGCAAGAACGUGCUGAUCACAGGAGCAACGGGCUUCAUGGGCAAAGUGCUGGUGGAGAAGCUGCUGAGGUCCUGCCCCGAGGUCAAAGCCCUCUACCUCCUGGUCAGACCCAAAGCGGGGCAGUCCAUGCAGCAGAGGGUCAGCGACAUGAUGACGUGCAAGCUUUUCGACCGAGUGCGGGAGGACAACCCCGACUUCCACCAGAAGAUCAUCCCCAUCAGCAGCGAGCUGACGCAGCCCGGCCUCUCCAUCAGCCCGGAGGAUGUCGAGAGGCUCUCCGCCUGCAUCAACGUCGUCUUCCACUGCGCCGCCACCAUCCGCUUCGACGAGCCGCUCAAACACGCCCUGCAGCUGAACGUGAUCGCCACACAGCAGCUCCUCAGCCUGGCCAUGAAGAUGCACCACCUCGAGGCCUUCGUUCACAUCUCCACCGCCUAUGCAAACUGCAACCGCAAGCACAUCGACGAGGUCAUCUACCCGCCGCCCGUCGAGCCCAGGAAACUCAUCGAGUCCCUUGAGUGGAUGGAUGACGGCAUCGUGCGCGACAUCACGCCGCGGCUCAUCGGCGACAGGCCCAACACGUACACCUACACCAAAGCCCUGGCCGAGUACGUGGUGCAGCAGGAGCAGGACAAGCUCAACAUCGCCAUCAUCAGACCCUCCAUAGUGGGAGCCAGCUGGCAGGAGCCUUUCCCAGGUUGGAUCGACAACUUCAACGGGCCGAGUGGAGUCUUUAUAGCUGCCGGAAAGGGGAUCCUGCGCACCAUGAGAGCCAACAACGACGCGGUGGCCGACCUGAUCCCCGUGGACGUGGUCAUCAACCUCACGCUGGCUGCUGGCUGGUACACCGCUGUACGCAGAAGGAAAACAGAACAACAGAAAAAUGAAAGACCUAAAACAGCUCUGGUGUACAACUGCACGACCGGCGGCAUCAACCCGUUCCACUGGGGAGAGAUCGAGCACCAUGUCAUGUCAUCCUUCAAGAGGAACCCGCUGGAUCAAGCCUUCCGCAGGCCCAACGCCAACAUCACAUCCAACUACCUGAUCAACCAGUACUGGAUCCUGGUCAGCCACAAGUUCCCUGCCCUCAUCUACGACCUCGUCCUGCGUCUCUCCGGACAAAAGCCGCAGAUGAUGCGCAUCUUCAAUCGUCUGCACAAGGCCAUCGGCCUGCUGGAGUAUUUCAGCAGUCAGGACUGGGAGUGGAACUCUGAGAACAUGAGCAUGCUGAUGAGCCAGCUUACCCCGGAAGACAGGAAGACAUUUAACUUUGAUGUGCGCCAGCUGAACUGGCCCGAGUACAUCGAGAAUUACUGCAUCGGCACCAAGAAGUACGUCCUGAAUGAAGACAUGUCUGACAUUCCUGCUGCCAGGCAGCAUCUGAGGAAACUGAGGAACAUCCGCUACACCUUCAACACCCUGUUGGUCGUCUUCAUCUGGAGGGUGUUUAUCGCUCGCUCCCAGAUGGCCAGAAACAUCUGGUAUUUUGUGGUCAGCCUCUGUUUCAAGUUCCUCUCUUACUUCCGUGCAUCCAGCACCAUAACCAACUGAGUCUUCCUCCAGGCAUCAAACCAGAGACAGCAGCUGUCACCGUGAGCUGUCAGCAGGAUGAAACAUCUGAGACUCUGACUGUCCACAAAGGACACUCUAAAUCCUCCUUUAUGUGCGGAUUAGCUGGGGGCUCUCCACAGGUGGGAGGCUGCAGUUGUGUGAAGCACUCAGAGGAAAGAAAAGAGGUCUUCUAGCCAUGAAUCAUUUGUUUAGUUUUGAAAUCUCUCAUCAUUACCUGCACUGUUCAGUCAACAGACCCCGUCCAAAACACACGUCGUCAUUCAUUUUUCUACCUACGUUUUUCUUCUCAACGUGGCCAAUUAUAUAUGCAACAAAAAGCCUUUUGUGUGACUUCCAUUUUCUUUUCCACAUCAUCGUUUCCAUCCUUUUGAAUCUCGGUACAUUGCCUUGCCUUGUGAUUAUUUUUUUUCAUACUUGAAAUACGGCAGUGCUUCACUAGAGGACGAUUUCUAUAAGAUUAUUUUGUUUCUCUGUUUUCUACUGUGGGGAUAUCCAACUCCUCUCUUUAAUACGCAGAUGAUUUGGCUGUCUGUUUGUCUUGCAUUACGUGUAUCUACUGCCUUUUUAAGAUUACACCCAAAAAAUAACUGGUUAUCUGUCUCAAGGCCAUUCCACAGAUUGAGAUUAGUAUUAAAGCUAAAUUCUGACCACACAAGACAACAGUAUCACUACUUAUACGGAAACAUACAGAUCUGCCAUCUCUCCUGCUGAAGAGGUUGUCACCUAAUUAAUAUCACAAACAAUAAUGUCGGUAUGUCUUUGAACAUAAACCUUGUUUGUUUGAAUGCUCAUCCACUUUUUGCCUGUUUGUACAGCAGUUUGUACUGGAACUAAGUUUACUACUUUUACAUCUUUAUACUUGCGUCAAAGGCUAGUCUGAUACAUGUGGUAGACCUUGGCUGUGUAUUAUAUAUAAAUAAGGGUACAUCAGAGUUAUGUUUAUUUGUAUAGCCCCAGUUUCACAUACUGUACAAUGUCUCGCAAAAGUUCCCAACCAAGCCCCAGUUUUCUAAGAAGACAAACUCCCCCAGAACCUCAAAAGGCAUUCACCUGGGGGAGAAAUAGGAGCCAUAGGUUGCAAAAAAAUUACAAAUUAAAAUAACUUGUAGCAGUUGGACAUGCCAAAUACAACAAUGGGAUCUAAAAGGUCCAAUGCUAAUGUUGUAAAAUCCAAAAUAAAGAAGUCCUGUUCUAUAUUAGUGAUGUCAAAUAGCCAAGAUUGUAGGUCCAUGAGGUUGGGGGACCAAGCUUGAAGCAUGCAAUUUAGUGGAUUAGUGAUUUGGGUCACUUGAACGAUGGAGAAGACCCAGCCCCAGUGUGUGCCUCUCAUGUAUUAGAGCUUGAGUCCCAGUGGUAACCAACAGUUUCUCCAUAAAAAAAUAUUGCAUCCACUGUAUGAAAAACAUUUUAAACCCAUGUUGUAACUCUGUUUCCUUUGUCAUCUGGAUAAGAAGGCAUAAAAAGGGUCUAGGAAACAGAGUUGCAGAAAUACCGAGGGCAUUAAAUGUUGUUGAACAUUAGUCUGGGUUUUUCAAACAUCUUUUAGUCAUUUUUAUCUAAGAAAUAGAUGGGUACGGCUGUGACUCAAAUGUAAUGCUAAUACAUGAGGCACAAACUUGGAGCAGGGGGAGAACCAGCUCUUCUGAAAAAUGGCAGCAGCAGGGAAGGAGCCAUCAGGGCACCCAGCAGAUAGCAGCCGUCUGUUCGUAAAGAAAUGUGAAGAUGGCACUAUCGACUUAAGAUUUGUCUUCGUUCUUGAGGCAGGCCUCUGGAACAGAAGUGGUCAUUAGGUUUUUUAAAUAUGGCUGAGAAAGAAAGAAAAUCACCCCUAGUGUGAGUAAGAAGAUUUUUUCUUUUUUUAUUAAACUGAGAAAAGAGCAUUUAAGCCUCAUUUAAAUGUAAGAUUUUUAAAACUGCUUUUACAGCUAGUAAACAGGACAGCGCAUAGAGCAAUCAUUACAAUUUAUUAAAAUGUUAAUUGGAGUGUCAUUUGCAUAAGAGCGAAUAAAUUCAUACUGCAGCUAAUUCUGCUGAAACAGAAUACUAUUAUGAAAAGUAGUGGACCAAGUACGGAGCCUUGAGGUUCGCCAAACCUUACCUGAUGGGGAGAUGGACUUCUAUUUCUAAGCAAGACACACUGUGACCUAUAUGUUAGUCUGGACCUAAAUCACAAAAGUGCUAGGUUAUAAAAGAGGGAUUUAAAGCCCUCCUGGUAUGACGUAAUUUACCCCAGUUUGAAAGAUCUGUAAAUAGUUGAACUACAUAUUAUUCUUAUAGACUACCAAAAAUUGUAUUUGACUGUUGAUCUUUGCUUGGUGAGUUUCUUCACAGGAUUCCACCACAGAGCUUCCCGCAGAGUUUACCAAAAGUGUUAAGUGUGACAGGCAAGUCUGAUUUUUACUAAACAAAUGAGAAAACUGUGUACAGUAUUGUAUGUGGCUUGACCCUUGACAGAAUACAAAUACAUAACAGUUAUGAGCCUAUAUGGGAGAAAAAGGGACAGAACUAAAUAAAUGUUUAUGCAAAGCCCAUAUUUGUGGUGUUCUCGUGGUAAAUGUCCUCCUAAUUGCAGAGGGGGAUAAUGAACCAAAAUGUGUGCAGUUGUACGAGGCCUGUAUGAUGAAGUUGUUUUGUCAGUAAUUGUUAUGGUGUUGUUAAACGGUUUUGUUCUUCCGUAUAUGGGUUUUACAACAAAGUGCUGUCUUUGCUGCAGAGCUCUGUUGGAACAGGAAACCCCGGGCUGGAGCUACUGUUACUGUACCUGACAAACAACAGCAGCACGUAACCAAUGACUUUAUCUUUCUGGUGUCAUUUACAAAAUGUUUCAACAACUUUAUGCCCUGUUCUGACAACACUUCAUUCAAUGUCUGCUUGACAAAACUGAAAUAAACUAGAGGCGCAAAGCGAAAGUUUGCUGCAGUCUAUGAAAAUGUA